ACAGAUGACAGUUUGCAUUGCGAAGUUGGGAAUUUGAGGUUAGUUUUGAGAUAGCAGCUAAACAAAAAGUGUACUCACCCCGAAAUUCAAUAAGAGGAGGCCGAAAAUGAAUGGGAAUCUGGAUGAGCACAGGAUAGACAAACGAGUAAAUAACAGUUCAUCAUCAAUCAACGAUGGUGCGCCAGCUGACAAACGUCCAAGGACAUCAGACACUGUCAACUCCUCGAACCUCUAUCCCCCUGCUACUAUUAGUCCCUGUCUUGAAAUUCGGCAAGGGGAUCCAGACUUACAAAUAGUGAAUGUAAACCUUGCCGACACAUUGACACCCCCUCCAGAGACUGUUCCUCGUCUCUGUGAAAUUCGUGAAGAAAUUAACAACCUCUGGGAAGAGGAGAAACGAAUCUUGGGGGAACGGGAGGAAGCUUUCAAGCUGAGGAUAAAAGAACUGCAAUCACGCCUUGCUGAGGCGACAAAGUGUUCUAUAGAGGCACGUGGAGCCCAGACGGCGGCAGAAUCCCUAUUAUCUCGAAACAGAAUUGAAAUGCAGAAAAAAAUCACAGAAUUGAUGGAUAAAAAUGCAAAACUGGAAGAAGUUAUAGUUCAACGAACAGCAGAGGGUACUGAAAAACUCAACGCUGCAGCAAAAAGAAUAAUCGAGUUACGACAGAAGUUUUUGAAAGCAGGCUCACCAUCUCAGAGAGAGAUUUAUUUGAAAACAACUGAACUCCAAGAGACGAAGAUCAAAAUUCAAGAGCUAGAAUCCGAGAAAAUAUCACUCAGGAAGGUGAUACAGGAUCUUCGUCCAAAAGCAGAACGUGUGGAAGAACUUGAAAAAAAAUUGAAAUUAGCAAAUCAAACUAUUGUAAAUCUUGGUGGGACUGAUAUGCAAGUGGAAGUAUCUGGGGAUGAAGUAGCUGGCUGUGAUAGACAAUUGGAAGAUCCAAUCAGUAUCGAUGACGAAGUGGUGAAUAUAGAGCAAGAGGCAUUAGGCUCGAGACUCCAGGAGAAUGGGGCAGCAGUCAAUGGACAAGCAUCAACAGCUCCAGAGUACGAGUUCUUUGAUUUAACAUGUGACGUCCAGGGAGGCGAUAAUGAAACCUCAGGGUGGAAUCACACCGAACAUACUCCAAUACUAGUGUCGGACGAUGAUGAUGAGUCUUCGUCGUCUUUGCAGCUUUACGAGGGUGAGGAGAAUGGAUAUGGAGGGUGUCAAGAUCAUCGGAUUAGGGUGGGCGACAUGUAUGUUCUACCUUCAGAUCCAAAGUUCUUUGAGAUUGAUUGGUCGAAGGAGUUUGGACGUUAUAGCAAGAAGAAAUUUGUGUGCAGGUCAUGUUCGUUUAAAGCAUUAGCACGAGGACACAUUGAAGAUCAUGCAUGGGUUAAGCAUCAUCGGGGCAGGUUUCUAUGUCCUCUCUGCCCUGCUCAUAUAUUCUCUACCUCAAGCAGAUAUUUAAUAACAAAACACGUGAGAGAUGCCCAUGGCGGAACACUUGGGGAUUGACUUGUUUUUUAUG